CAAACUUCCGUUUUACACCAAGCAAAGGGAAAUGUAUUCUGCUUAGGUCUGGAUAUGCUGGACAGUGGGAGGAGACCUCAUGUACUGAUACUCGUCGAUCUAUCUGCCAACGUCCUAAAGAUCCCCAAUGUUUCUGGCAUCAGUACGGGCGAUCAUUCUAUCGCUUCAUGGGGGAUAGUCAAACUUUUGAUGCAGCCGAGACUAAUUGUAUGAGCAGCGGUGGUAGAUUGGCAAUUAUCAGAUCAACCGAAUUGAAUACACUCCUCACAUCGAUUGUAUCACCCGCCCUUUCAUCUCCUCAUUGUUACUGGUUUGGGCUGAGUCGAUUAUCAGACAACGACCAAUUUAUAUGGAGCGAUGGUACGCAAUUAAGUAACUCCAUGUGGAUUCCCGGUGAGCCAUCAAGGUUUACAGGACGGUCUUGUGGAUGUUUGGGGUCUGAUGGAAACAAUGCUGACAAUCACGGUCGAUGGGACAGUCGGACUUGUCUAGACGCACUGCCUUACAUCUGCGAAAGACCACAAGUCCAAAUCACAGGCCAAUGGAUAUACUUUCCAGAAAUACCAAACGUUCAGUAUUACUUUUCAACAUUUACAACCAGCUAUUUCAUCGCAAGUGAAUAUUGUCAGCAAAUAGGUGGACGGCUCGCACAGAUAAAAACAAAAGCCAUAUAUACAGCAGUGACGGAUCAUUUUGUAGUAGCCUAUUGGUUUGGCCUUGAUGAUUUGAGCAAGGAGGGUGAUUUUCGAUGGAGUGACGGAACAUUCUUGCAAGAAACAGGAUUUGCUACAUGGGCUGCCGGAGAACCUAAUAAUAAUGAAGGAGCGGAACACUGUGUAGAAUACUGGGAUCGAUCUGGUGGUUUGAAUGAGGAGCUCAUUGGUUGGAAUGACCGACUGUGCGACUAUCCACAUCGGUUUAUCUGCGAGAAAUCAGAAGUAAAACCGAAAUAUCUUCUUGCCAUGACUUCCUCCCCUUUCGGGAGUACCGAGACGCCCCCAAGUUUCUCUUGUGUACUCUCACCGGACAACAUACAGGAUACCAUAACCUACACGGAGAGAGAAGUUAGACCAAGCCUCACUACUGAAGGGUAUUCACUGGACGUACCGGGGACGAACACGUCUCGGAUUGGUGGCUUUACACAGAACCUACCUGGUGGUACGACGUCCGUUGGCGUUUACAAGUGUUCCAGUACAUCUACAAUCACCGGUACUUCAACAUCUGUGGAUGUAACGAUUCUCUCACAAGGCAGACAUUUUCAACCAAGUGACGGUCGCCUCACCAAAACAGUUUAUCCCGGUGAUGACAUCACACUCUCAGUGUCUACCACUGAUAGGUAUUCAUCGGGAUCGGAUGAAAUCCGUUGGAGCACCUUCUCAAACCUUGCUGAAGGAUCAUUGUCUCCAAAUGGAGAUGGAACUCUAACCUAUACUAUUCUUUCAGCAACUAAGAGGAAUGCAGAUGUCUACGGAACAUUCCAAAACAAUGCAGUGGACAACCGUCUUUACAGCUUGAUUCGCGUCAUAGUUAGUGACUGUCCCCGUGGCAGAUGGAACCUACCGUUAUGUGAUCGUCUGUGUGAUAACUGCUACAAUGGAGGAAUCUGCCAUCCUCAAUCAGGAACGUGUAUCUGUCCUCCAGGAUUCAUCGGAAAAAAUUGUCUCACCGCAUGCGGUAAGCAUCGUUUUGGAUGGGGCUGUGAACUUGAAUGUGGUGCUGGUAAUGCUCUGGAUGCUUGCAGCGAAAGUCAAGUCUGUCUACCCGAUCCCUAUGGUUGCAACUGUCUCUCUGGUUACACAGGAAUAUACUGCGAUGAACAAUGUCCUCCAGAAAAGUUUGGUGUUGACUGCCUUCAAGAUUGUCACUGUGCCGAAGGGAUACCAUGUGAUGCUUUCACUGGAAGAUGUGAAGGAAGCUGCGAGGAUGGUUGGUCAGGAGUCGGAUGCCAAGUACCGAGUGUCUGCCCUACUGGUUAUACCGGAAUUACUUGCACAGAGUUCUGUAAUUGCCCAGAUCACUCAAAAUGUGAGAAGAAAUCAGGGUUUUGUACGUCAACACAAGGUCAAUGUAAGAUUGGAUAUGUUGCUGAAUUUCCAGAAACACCUGACCGAUGUUCCACUUAUUCUGGAUGUUUUGAGUCAUGUUCGAAAACGUGCCAUUGUGCUGGUGGUUUUGAAGACUGCGACCAAGAGACCGGGAUGUGUUCAUCAUGCCAUCCACGCUGGAUGGGAGACAAUUGUCAAAUAGAUCGUUUUACCGUCACAAGAGAGAAGGCGAACCCAGGAGUUGCGAUCUUUUCCUGUGCAUUUACCCCUGAUUCACCGGACAGUACCCUCGUCGUCAGAGCUAGUAUAGGAGACUUAUCUAGCAAUAGUUUGAUGAACGAACAGGGGGGUCAAACUCCAGCUGAACAGCCUUCAGUACAGUCGAACUUUACCUUGUUCUCUGACGACAUUGAAACUCAACCCAUAUAUUGUUUUGUGGGGGAUUCAACAAGUGACGGUGGAUUCGCUUACGCCAGGUUGUCACCUUCGGGUACAUUCGCACUUCCAGUGAUCAGAAAUCAGCCUCGGAUUGCAGAGCUGGGUUUUAACCAUGCCGCCAUUGCUUGGGACCCCUGGAACCCUUCAGUUGAUGUCGGUGAUGGUCCUGUCGUUGGAUACAAAGUAUACGUUACUUCUUCUGAUGGGAACGAAACAAACACGUUUAUAACGGCAUCAGGUGUUCCAUCAGCAUCGCCAGGAUCUGUGCCUUCAAGGAAAAGACGAGGGUAUGAAGGAUCGAUUAAAUUUUCCUACGAAAUGUUUACAACGGUAAGGGAAGGUCGAGACGGAAGGCAGAUAAAACAACUUCAGGUGGAACACUUACCCAAUGAGACUUCUAGGAAGAAGAGGCAGGGGGACUUAGACAUCCUGAUGUACAACAUCACAGACCUAGACCAAGGUCAGUCGUAUGAAAUUCGGAUUUCAGCAGUUCGUGAAGGGCUAAGCGGUGAAGGAGAAAAGAGUCCUGCUUUGAGUUUGACAACUCGCGAAAUAUCUGUAGAUCCGCUUUCUUGCUCUUCUACCAUUGGUCGAAUCAUUGGUGGCGCUAUAGGUGGAAUAAUUAUCCUUCUACUGAUUGCCGGCCUGGUGAUCAUGAUAGUUAAAAAAAGAAGAGGUCGAUCCGAAGAAGUUUCCGAAUCUGUGACUUACAAAAACGAUGGAUUUAUCGAAGUCAUUUCCACUGAUAAAGGACAAGAAACAGACCAACCAUCUCAGCGGUAUGAAAACCUGGGACAUCGGAAACCGAUGGACCCUUCAAACCAAAUCCCUAUGCCCGACCUACCAACUAGGCCUACUCGUUUAGACGAGGGUUGCAAACCUACACAGGUUACAGUAGAGGGAUCUCCAAAGGAUCGUCGCCUCAUACCUGUCUCAAAGUUCGCAACCUUUGUUGACAACAUUAAGCACACUGACUCGUUCUAUGAGGAUUUCCGCACCUUGGCAAGGAUUUGCCCUGACCCUCCAGCAUCGUUGAUAAAAACUGCUUUGAAGAAAGAAAACCGGUCAAAGAGUAGGAGUGCUAACAGCCACCCACUGGAUAGGAACCGAGUCAUCCUCGAGUCUUUGGGCUCCGUAGAUUCAGAUUUUAUCGAUGCCAGCUACGUUAAGGGCAUUCGAUACAGGUUUAUAACCACACAGAUGCCUAUGCCUAACACAAUCGCUGAUUUCUGGAACAUGGUGUUUCACAAUCAACCCUCCGUGAUCAUCAUGCUGAACGAUGAUGACAGACGUAACAAGAGUUGUGCCCAAUACUGGUUGGACAAAGGCGUUGCAACUUUCGGAUCCUUUUCUAUCACUACGGUAUCUGUCUCUGAGAACGAAGGACUGAUCGAGAGGGAGAUGCAAGUCACGAGAAAUAAUUCAAAGGCUCAUCAUAUCGUGAAGCAAUACCAGUUCUUAGACUGGCCAAACGAGACCGAGCAGCAAGAGAAUCGAGCUCCUCAACUAAUCGAUCUGAUGACAAAAGUUCAGGAAACUUUGAAACGAUCCCCAGAAGGGUUCCCAGUUCUUGUUCAUUGCAUGAAUGGAGUCGGCCGAACAGGUGUGUUCUGUAGCACGCUUGAGUGCAUCGCACAAGUAAACGAAGAGGACGCUGUUGAUGUAUUUCACGUGGUGAAGAUGCUUAGGAACGAAAGGAUGAAUUUCGUGCAAACCGAGGAAGAAUAUUCGUUCAUCCAUGAGCUGAUCAAAGAAUAUAUUCGAGAACAUGAGUACGAGGAACCGCUGCCUGAGGUCUCGCCGAACGAUCACACUUACACGUACGUAUGCUGAAUCACCUCUGGCCCCAGGUUCCGGUGAGAGCGAGCAUGUCUAUACGCACAACUCGUCGGCGGUCUUCCGAACCGUCGUAUCACACAUACGACGGUGCGAACCCAUUUCAGAGAAAAUCGACUUCAAAGUUUACUAUAAUUUUCACAUCUAGUUCCCCAGCCGUAAAACAUAUUCAUUGCUCGAAAAAUACAUGGUUGGAAAGACCAAGACAAUAACUUUUUUGAUUUUGAUUUGAAUUUAUUUUUCUUCUACAUAACAAUAUAAUAUAACAUAAAUGUAACAAACAUACAUUGACAAUAAAUCAGGUAUAAAUCAUUUAGCAUAAAAUUAAUAGCAGAAGAUGGAUUGCCAUAGUAAGCAAAAAAAUGCUUGAAAAUUAUGACAAACCGAAACAUAUUUUAACCAUAUAAUCAUAUUAUGAGCAGAAUGGACAAUAACAAAUUAUUAAAGUAUCAAUUAAGUAUAAUAUAAAAAGAGAAGAACAAAAUCUAACAAGCCAAAACUUGCUAUAAUAUAUAUAAUCAAGU